AUAGACCAUUUACAUUGGGUACUAUUGAAUAUAUGUUUAGUUUGUUAUUUUGCAUGAAAAGACGCUGUAGAAUAUUUUAUAAUAGUAUGGGGUCAACGCUUUCACUUUCAUACUUUCACUUUAAAAAAAAAACACGCUGUCCAGAUCCCGAUUGAAAUGAUUAGAACAUACACUAGACAUUUUUUCAUCCGUAUAUCAUAUGAUGGUUCAAAAUACAGUGGAGUGAGAUGGAAUCCAGAUGUGAAAACAGUUGAAUCUACCUUAUCCGACAUACUGAGCAGUUAUGUUGGUAAAGGAUUUAAUUUGAGAACAUCAAGUCGUACAGAUAAAGGAGUGCAUGCAGUAUCAAACGUGUUGAAACUUAACAUCAAUGAUCCGACACUUGCCUUAGAUGCCAAACAGCUUGCUUACAUCUUAAAUUACAAAUUGUGGAAAGAUGAGGAGGAUGUUAGAGUACUUGAUGUUCAGGAAAUACCAUUCUAUAAAAAUAGUGUGGAGCUUGUUAAGGGGAGAGUUUAUGUGUAUCGCCUGGCAGUCUUUAAAGAACUGCUGUUCUCAAUGCCCAAAGACAUCCCCGUAAAUAAUAUCAGGUGUAGGACUCUUCCAAAGCGAGGUGUAGGGAACAUCUUCCAUGAGAAAUCUUGUGUGACAUUAAGUCCACCAUUCAGCAUUGAUAAACUGAUAGAGAGUGCUGAGAUUAUGUCUGGUGUUAAUAAUGUCUACAACUGCACAACUUCCAAUGGGCAUAGGGAAAUGAACAAAAAAAAAGCUGGUAAUAAGUCGUACAUAAGAAAUAUUCAAAUAGAUAUAAAGCGCGGUCAUCCAAUGAUGUUAAAUCUUCAACCUCUGAUGGCGGAUAAACUGGAAUUCUGGGAGAUUCACUUCAAGUCCCACUCCUAUAUUUACAAACAGAUUCGUCGCAUGGUUGGAUAUAUGGUCGGAUAUGCACAAGGAGAAUACAGUUUGGAACUUUUGAGAAAAACCAUGUCUGGGUUGCAGCUCUUGGAUAAGGAGAGCGUGGAUUUAGCGAGGGCAGAUACCACUUUUACAAUGCCACCUCAGGGACUCUUCCUUCAGAACGUGGAAUUGGAUGAAAAUAAGAUCAAUGAGAAAGAAAUUAACAACUCUUAUAUUGAGCUGUUAGCAAAUUUGAGCAAUCUUUCAUUUAUAUUGUAUAAGAACAGUACUAAGCGCAAGCAGGCAACACUUCAACAGCUGUCAGAGACGCCCCCAGCACAGAUAGUUGGACUUGAUAGCUUCAGUGUUGAUCAAACAACAGGACUAAAAUUAAAAGGAAAAGAUGCAAAUGCAUACUCCAUUGUUCAGUCAGGUUUAGGUAUGGUUAAAGUAGAUAUUUAUUGAUACAAAUAUACAAAUGUAUGUAUUUUAAUAAAUUGUUUUAUUUUUCAUCAGUUUAAUAGUCUUUCAUUCAUGAUUAAGACAUGUUUUUUGUCGUGUAAGAAACAGAAAGAUUGCAUGUACAUGUGUUUUAUACAUGUAUAUUAAUUUCUCAUGUUUUAACAAUGAUAUCAUAGAAUGUUCAUGCUUGUUCAAUAUAAUUAAAUGGAGACAAAUGUCAAAGAUUACCAGGAUUACCUUUAUAGUAGAGAGAGAGAGAGAGAGAGAGAGAGAGAGAGAGAGAGAGAUUCAUGUAAAAAAAAAGCACACUUACACUCACAUGCCAAAAGUAAGUCAAUUUAUCAAAUUUAUUCCCGAUAUAUUUCAGUGCAAAACAAGACUUUUUUAAAAGGGUUUACUUCUAAAACCAUUAUUGUUUUUUUGUCAGCAAAAGUGAGUAAUUUAACCCCCCCCCAAAAAAAAAAAUUAAAAUAGAAUAGAUAAAUGAACAUGCAAUGACUGUUUUCAAAUUUAUUCUAUUCACAAUUAAUACAAAUAAAUAUAACAAAAGCAAACAUCACAUUACAAAAAUAGAAAUGAAAACUAAAUAAUUUUUGCUUUAAUAAUCACCUUACUCUGUUGGUAUGUAUUUUACUCCCAAGUACCUUAUAUGGUACACGUGCAAUACAA